CGAACGCGUUCUCGGUUUUCAGCUGCGACGGAAGUGGCUGGCGUUCCCCGUUUAAGACUGUCAAUCCGGGCGGCAGCGUGUCGGGCAGUCUGAAACGUACCAGUUCCGUUCAGUCCGACCGGGAGAGAUCUCUGAAUUGCAUUAAGGGGAUAUAACAAGCUAUCGUACGUUUUCCGGGGGAACGUUCUCCUUCCGAUUACACCCUUAAAGUCAUCAGGUGUUUUGAGUUUUUGAAUCCUGCCCCCGCUGUUGGAGAGCCAAAGGAGAGACCGGCGCCUUGGGCCGUUAUUGCAAUAGAAGGACCUGAGGGCGGCUUAGCAGUGGAUCCCUAGCGUCCCAGCAGGGGGGGGAGGCAGUUGUUGGCAGAGCGGAGCGUGUGCAGACCAGGGCACCCAAUGAGCAGCUACCGCUCCUCAAGGGCGCGGGGGGGCCCGGACGGGGGGUGGGCCCCGGACACGGCGUGCCGGCCGGCCCCGGGUGGGCCGGGGUUCUGCAUCCUGAGCAGGCUGAUCCAGCUGCCGGCCCCGCCCCUGUCGCGGAACCAGCUGAAGCGCCUGGAGGAGCACCGCUACAGCAGCUCCGGGCGCUCCCUGCUGGAGCCCGUCAUGCAGUGCUACUGGGAGUGGCUGGUGGGCCGCGUCCCCACCUGGAUCGCCCCCAACCUCAUCACCAUCGUGGGCCUCGUCACCAACAUCUUCACCACCCUGGUGCUCGUCUACUACUGCCCCACUGCCACGGAGCAGGCACCUCUGUGGGCAUACCUGUCGUGCGCGGUGGGCCUCUUCAUCUACCAAUCCCUGGACGCCAUCGAUGGGAAACAGGCGAGACGUACCAAUAGCAGCUCCCCGCUGGGGGAGCUCUUUGACCACGGCUGCGACUCCCUCUCCACAGUGUUUGUGGUCUUGGGCACGUGCAUCGCCAUACAGCUGGGCACCAACCCUGACUGGAUGUUCUUCUGCUGUUUCGCCGGGAUGUUCAUGUUCUACUGCGCCCACUGGCAGACCUAUGUUUCAGGCACCCUGCGCUUCGGCAUCAUUGACGUGACUGAAGUGCAAAUCCUCAUUAUAAUCAUGUAUUUGCUGGCUGCGAUUGGAGGAUCGGCAUUUUGGCAGUCUCCGAUUCCACUAAUAAACAUCCAGAUGAAAAUAGUGCCCGCCCUCUGCACUUUCGUAGGGGCCAUCUUUACCUGUACAAACUACUUCCGGGUCAUAUUCACCGGGGGCGUGGGCAAAAACGGAUCCACAAUAGCAGGAACAAGUGUCCUGUCUCCAGUCUUGCACAUAGGGUCGGUAAUCAUACUGGCCAUUAUGAUCUACAAGAAAUCCACCGUCCAGCUGUUUGAAAAACACCCCUGUCUUUACAUCCUGGCGUUCGGCUUUGUGUCCGCCAAGAUCACAAAUAAACUGGUGGUUGCACACAUGACAAAAAGUGAAAUGUACCUUCAUGACUUAGCCUUUCUGGGGCCCGGGCUGCUAUUUCUGGACCAGUAUUUCAACAGCUUUAUUGACGAGUACCUGGUCCUCUGGAUCGCUCUGGUCCUCUCCUUCUUCGACCUGGUGCGCUACUGCGUCAGCGUCUGCAACCAGAUCGCCUCCCACCUGCACAUCUGCGUCUUCAAGAUCAAGCCGCUGGCCGCCUCGCUGUCCAGCCAGCAAGGACACAACCACCAUUAGGGACUUCCUCUCCCCUGCUGCCGCCGCCCGCCAACAUACCGCAUCAGCGGGGAGAGGCGUGGCGUCCCGGCGGGGGGUGAAGGUGAACCGGCGCAGAGGGAGUGCGGUAAGGCUGAAACGAGAGGAGGAGUGAAACCAGGCGAAGAUUAUUUAUUUGUCACUGUCGUGUGCACUUUCGCUCUUUUUUUUCUGCGGUGAACAUCUCAUUAUUACCGCCAGGCUCCUGUAUAAGGGCCUGUUUCUUCAUUUUCGUUGUAAGUUGGGGUGAAUCUGAGAAAAGAGGAAAAAUAGUAAGAAUAACCAUUAACUUAUUCAGCUCUUCCCAUUUGUUAAUCUGUGAACUGGUACCUUAAAUGCAUUUUCAGAAAAAUUGGUCAGUUUGUUUGUUUUUUGUUUACAGAAAAUACUUUAGGGAAAGUUUUGAAGGAUGACCAUAUACCUUUUGCUUUCAGCUUUUGAGAAGGGAUCUCUUCUCAACAUAAAUAUUUCCGCAACAUUAGCACCUAAUUCACUUUGGGUUUUUUAUGUCUCGAGUACUAAAUGCUUCAGGCUGAACAUCUGCCUCCACUCAAAAAAUGAUCCCCAACCAGAAAUUUAUACUGUAGGUUAACUUGAUCUACUUGCUGCUUAUUACUAGGUGGUCUUGAUUAUUUUAGGAGAUGUACCUGUUUUUUUUUACUUCUACAGACAAAACAAGCCUCUUUGUUUUUUUUUUGAUUUCCAUUCUGUGCCAUUCUCAGAUCAUGUUGCAGCUUAAUGUCACAUGACAGUGUAGUCUCACCUGUUGCCUGAAAUGCUAAACCUACAUAUGAAAUUCAAUAUGCCAGGAUUUGGCCCAUACAGGGACAUAAGAGAGAAAUAAAGAUGGCUAUUAAAAUGACAAAAGUAAAAGGGGGUAAGAAGUGUAUUUUAUUGUGAGCUUACAUACUGCCAGGAGUGACACAGUGACCCUUUCUGUCAGCAGGCUUUGCUCAAUAUGGUCACGUUCAAGUGUGUAAAUUUUCCUAAUUUUAUUGCCUGCUUCAUCUAAGCCAAAACUGCUAAGAAAAUCAUACUCGAUUCUAAUGUAGACUUCAGAACUGGCAUUUUUCUAGGAUGACAGUCCCACCACAACUAAACAUCUAAAGGUUUAGUGAUCAUCUCUCCUUAUCCUGUUUUAACAUAAAUACUUUCUGCAUAUGCGUGCAAAUUACAGCUGUCACUUUAUGAGAAGACUAAGGCUGACGCAUCUAGAGUUAGGCUUUCUGGUCAAUGUUUACCAAUAUUUGGACUAAAACAAUUUUUGGACUAAAACUCAGUCUCGAGUUAGCUGUUUGUUUUUUCUUUGUAUUAUUUAAGCUUUUUUCUUGGUCCAAUAACUUUUGGACAUGUGUAUAACUAUUCUUUAUGUAGAUUUUUUUUUUUUUACCUUGCAACAGAUUCUCAUAGCACUUACUACUUGAGGGUGAAUUUGAGAGCUGACAGCCUGCAUAGCCUGUAUAGAAAAAAGGAACUGAACUGAACAAAUUUGUUACCUUUGGUUUCCAUAUAUACCUUUUCAUUAGAAAAAAACUUGGGGUGUGUAUUAUUAUAAAUAUUAGCGUUAUCAAAGCAGUGUAUGCCUUUUUUCUAGACAGGACUGUCAUUUUCCAAUUCAUUCUCAAAACAUAAAAAAAUAAAAUAAACAGUUGCCUUAAAUCUAAAGUUUAUUCACUUCCUUGCUUUUUUAUGAGGAUAAUAUCCCACAUUACAGGUGAGAUCCGCAAUCUUUAGAAUGCAUUUCCUGGGAAAGGUGUGUAUUGAGUUUGUUGCUGUUCUGUUAAGAUCCAGUGUAAACCAGUGUAGUGUGUGAAGGAACCCAAACCUUCAACGUCAUUAGAUAACCCCUUCUUUCCCCACUAAUGGCGUGUCAAAUCCACAUAUGAAAGCUGCUACGGAAACUUCAGUCUGGUUUUGUCUGCUGAGGGUCGUCUCUCUUGCUCAGCGUGAACUUUCAAAUUCAAAUCUCUUACACAUUUUAGAGGUUCCACAGUAUUUUACCUGCUUCCUUCCUUCAAUCAAUUGCCUUCAGCUAGAUCAAGAAUACGGUGUUUGCAGUGUCAUAUACAGGUAUUAAGCUUCACUUUACUAGUAUCGUGGUUACCUAACCAUGAGAUGGUGUGCUCGUUACUUUUUUUUACUGUUGUACUUCAUGCCAUUGCAACAUCUCGGUGUCCAUUUUAAAACUUUUUGCAGAUUUGCAGAUGUUACCUUUUGUUUCUGUACAUGAUGUGUGUUAACAGGGCACAGCUCUGUUGUGUGGGCUGAUUGAAAGCUACCUGAAUGUUGCUUUUAUUGUCAUUGUAUCAUUUCCUGGCCAAAUAUAAACUACACAGUGUAUGAUGAUGGAACAUAACUGAAUAUUUAAUAUUUACUUGCGACAAAGUCCUAAGUUUGCCUUUAACAUAAAAGAAGUAAGAAUAUAAGAAAAAAAAUCUUCUCAUCAAAAGUACAAUCUUAUGAUGUUUAAACCCACAAUAUCAGUCAAAAUUACCAUAU